AUGGGUUCCCAACAUCCAGAACGAAGUCGACAAACUGAUUCUGGAAAACCGUUGCGAGUGUGGAUCGCCUUCGAUGAACCAGAAGUUGGAAGUAGUGCGCGAAGGCGAUAUAGCCCUAUCAUUAACCACUUACAGUGUCCCCCAAACUGGACCCAGCUGGAACCCACAGUAGUAUCAAUCAAGCGAAACAAAUCAUCAAAUUUACAGGUACUCCGGAAGCAAUUUCCAUUGGUACCCGCGGAGGCAAUGACGAUACAUAAGAGUCAAGGUCAGACGUAUCCAUCUGUUGUCGUUCACCUUACAGCAAGAAUGACGUGUGACCUGCUCUAUGUUGCACUUUCACGAGCUACUUCUCUUUCCGGCCUCUUCAUCAUUGGGUCGUUCCAGCCUCCUCGUGGACCGCAGAACAACGAUCCACUGGUAGCGGAGUUAAGGCGACAGGAGCAGUGCGUAUUACUACCAAAGUUCAAGUUUUUGCGUUCCACACGCAGCGGUAUUUAA